UGAGGCAUUAUUAUUCGCAGGACAACCAUCUGGGGACUGCACUGGAACCCUGCAUCUGGAUAUAGACAAGAGCCCACUCUUCCUGCCCUCCCCCCUUCACUGGCUGAGUCCCUGUAGGCUUCAGCAGUACCACCCAGCCCCCAGUACCAUUCAGGCUGCUUCAAAUUCUCAUCUUAUGACCCUCUCUCUCUAUUCUCUCUCUGUGUUCUCUCUCUCUCUAUUCUCUCUAUUCUCUCUCUCUGUGGAGUUAGUGUUGUUGUUUUUUCUCCAGGCCAGAGUUAAGUCCCAGCAGUCUCAGGAGAGAAGAGAGGAGAGUCCGAUAUGGACGGUUGAGGAGACUACACACUCCAGGGAGCAUCUGAUGGGAUUAUAAAACCAGAUUUUUCCCCUUCUCUCUCUCUUUUUCCCCCACUGGGGAUAAAGUGGUUCGAGCCUUCAUUUGAAAAAAGAAAGAAGCAACUCCUAGGCUCUCGAACUGCGCUGUAUCACGUUUUAAGGCUUUUGGAAAAAGAGAAAAGUUUGGCCCCUUUUUGGAGGAUUCUUUUCCCCCCGUCAGUCCUCCGAUCAUUGGGAAGAUUAAGUCCGCUGUUUCCUAUUUAGGAAUUCGAGGAAGGCUCCUUGCUCGUGAGCAGAAAAGAAAACAAGCAAGGAAUUAGCUCCAGAUCUCCGCUGACAGCUGAUAUGAGCCGCAAUUUAAUUUCGUAUGACUUGGCCCCCGUCUCCUAGUUGGUAAACUGAUAUGCUUUCUGAGGUGGGCUCCUAACAGGCAUCACUCUUUGCCUUUUUAGGUGGGUUUACACAGAGUUGGGUGAACUUCAUCAGUUUUUUCAAACACAUGGACAUAUCCGCAGUGCAGGGACCAGAUGCUGUAGAACUUUAGCGGCUGAAUCGGGCAUACUUUCUGAUCUCUGGAUUUUGCACUGCAUUUCAAUGAAGGCCACUACUUUAUCAUAAAACGUUUUUUCUUCUUUGGAAUUGUAUGAACACACACCAGCCCAAAUGUUAGCAUGAAGACCUGUUACUGACAGCGCUGAACUUGAAUGCAUCGUACUUGUGUCUCUACUAGACGCAGUAGAUUUCACUUUGUUCUGCUUUUGUGGACUGAUUGUUCUCACAAGGUGUACCAUGCUUAGUUUGUGACCGAACAGUACCAAGAAACAUUGGACGUUCACCUUAGAAAGAAUGGUCAUUUCAGACAAGCUGGAGAAGUCUUAGUCCACAGAGAUGUUGCAUUCCAUUCUGUUCAUCCCCUGUCAUCUGAAGGCUGUUACAUCUCUGUGAAAUAGCCACCACAAUGAUGAACAAAGACUCUCGCUUCCCCAGGAAGGCUGUCCAUAGCAACCCCUCCUCUCGAAGGCACUCAUGCAUCGGUUUUGAUGCUGAGAAUGGCUUGUCGGUGGGGCGAAGCCCCCUGGACCCUCCGGCCAGUCCCGGCUCCGGCCUGGUGCUCCAGGCCAACUACCACAGCCAGCGCCGUGAGUCCUUCCUCUACCGCUCCGACUCAGACUUUGACCUCUCACCCAAGGCCCCCUCGAGGAACUCGUCCACUGCCAGUGAUCUACAUGGAGAAGACAUGAUUGUGACACCAUUUGCACAGGUACUUGCCAGUUUGAGGACGGUAAGAAGCAACUUCGCCGUUUUGACCCAUCAGCAAGAUCGUCAACCCAGCAAGAGAAUUGGCAGUAAUCCACCGUCCAUGUUAAAUACAAGCUUAGCAGAGGAGCCGUUUCAGCAGCUGGCCGUGGAGACUCUGGACGAGCUGGACUGGUGUCUGGAGCAGCUGGAUACUCUGAAGACACGCCACUCCGUCAGCGAGAUGGCCUCCAAUAAGUUCAAGAGGAUGCUGAACAGAGAGCUCACUCAGCUAUCAGAGGCCAGCAGAUCAGGGAACCAGGUGUCAGAGUUCAUCUCCAGCACCUUCCUAGAAAAGCAACAUGACAUGGAGAUCAUGUCUCCACACAUCAAGGAGAAGAAGGAGAAAACGGACAAGAAGAAGCGUCCCAUGUCCCAGAUCGUGGGGGUGAAGAAGCCCAGAAUCAUCCCCAGUGUGGCCCCCUCCAACAUCCCCCGCUUCGGGGUUGCAGCCACUCAGGAGGGCUUUCUCGCCAAGCAGUUGGAAGAUAUAAACCGAUGGGGUGUGGAUAUUUUCAAAAUAUCUGAAUAUUCUGGGAAUCGUCCGCUGACGGUGGCGAUUUAUUCAAUUUUCCAGGAGCGAGAGCUGCUGAAGUCAUUCAAGAUCCCUGCAGACACCUUCAUCACCUUCAUGAUGACCCUGGAGGACCACUACCACCAUGAUGUGGCCUACCACAACAACAUCCACGCUGCAGACGUGGUCCAGUCCACCCACGUCCUCCUCUCUACCCCUGCCCUGGAGGCGGUGUUCACUGACUUGGAGAUCCUAGCUGCUCUGUUUGCCAGUGCUAUACAUGAUGUGGACCACCCGGGGGUGUCUAACCAGUUCCUCAUCAACACCAACUCCGAGCUGGCCCUGAUGUACAACGACGUGUCGGUCCUGGAAAACCACCACCUGGCUGUGGGCUUUAAGCUGCUGCAGGAGGACAACUGUGACAUCUUCCAGAACCUCAGCAAGAAACAGAGACAGUCCCUACGCAAGAUGGUCAUAGACAUGGUGUUAGCCACAGACAUGUCCAAACACAUGAACCUGCUGGCUGACCUAAAGACUAUGGUGGAGACCAAGAAGGUGACCAGUCUAGGAGUACUUCUACUAGACAACUAUGGAGAUCGUAUCCAGGUCCUCCAGAACAUGGUUCACUGUGCUGACCUCAGUAACCCCACCAAGCCCCUGGAGGUCUACCGCCAGUGGACUGACCGCAUCAUGGUGGAGUUCUUCACCCAGGGGGACAGGGAGAGGGACAAGGGCAUGGAGAUCAGCCCCAUGUGUGACAAACACAACGCCUCCAUCGAGAAGAACCAGGUGGGCUUCAUAGACUACAUCGUCCACCCUCUGUGGGAGACGUGGGCAGACCUGGUCCACCCUGAUGCCCAGGACAUCCUAGACACGCUGGAGGACAAUCGCGAGUGGUACCAGAGCAUGAUCCCACACAGCCCCUCGCCCACACCCGAGGCCCAGGACAAGAUGGGCCUGCCUGGGGGAGCCAUGGGAGCCGGAGGGGGUGGAGGUGGAUCCUCCACAGGAGAUAAGUUCCAGUUUGAGCUGACCCUAGAGGAGGAGGAGUGCGAGUCCGACACAGAGAGCCCUCCGGCAGAGGAGGAGGGGUACAGUAGCACUGGGAUGGAACCUUCUAGGACUGACCUGGACAGCAGACUCCAUUCCAUGUCUGCCACUUCUCACCCACACACGCAAGUACUCUCCAAAAUGGCUACCUCUGUCCUCAAUCUUGGUGGCAGGACUUUGUCCACAGACUCUGACCCAGAAAGGGAGGCCACCGAAGACAGAGAACAUGACCAAGAAGGUAACGCCGGUGUGAGGCGCUUCAGGCUAGGUACAUAACAUCAGUGCAAUGUUCUUUUUUUAUUUUUUUUUAUUUCUGAGCCUCCCCUCUGACCCCUUCAACCCCCAUCUCUGGCUUCCUUGGAUUGAAUGGCAGGACAAAGCUGGGGUAAAGAACGUAGAGGGGGUGCGUUCAGGAAGUCUGCACUUUCACAGCAGUCACCUCGUACUGGAGAAAGGAGAGCCCCACUGUUCCUUCUUUGGUUGCAGAGAACAGGAAACCGUGUUUUUGAGCUGGUCUUUUGUGUUUUACCGAUACGUCUCUGAGUUGGACGUGUCGCCGUAUUCAGCUUAUGUUUCUCAGAGACACUGAGAAAACCAACCUUCCUGUUUUGCAAGUCAAGCCAAGGUCUACGACAAAAGAGCAAGGAUUUUGUGGAACACGUCUUCCUUUUGACUACUUAUGGCCGCUUGAAACAAUUGACGAAGCGACAAACUUAGUAACAACAAACACCACAAAGGCUUUUGAGACAUUAUGCCAAACAGAUUCAUCAACAUGGACUUGGCCAAUGGCAACAUUUGCCUGCCUUUUCAACUGUUGGUCAUUUUGUCUUUAAUUUAAGUCCUUUUAAACUAGUGCAGAAAGUGGUUUAAACUGAUAAACUGCAGACUUACCAAAUGUGUACUACAAAGGACAAAGUACAGAGCAGAACGUCAGAAUUGACGAAGAGAUUGUUUCAAUGUAGCACAACACUUUUUGGGUACCUUGUUGUAAACAGCUACUCGGUGCAUCACUAGGGGUCUCUCAUCAGCCACACUCUUAACUGGUUUAGGGUCAGUUCUUCCUCCCACAGUCCUAACCACAGUCCUGUUAUGUGUAAACCAACAAAACCAACCCUGAGCCAGCCGUUAUAGGGACAUAUAAGUAACCCAAAGCUAUGCGGUGUGCACUUGGCACCUCCCAGUGUUGAAUAUCGGAAUUAAAGUCUGAACGUGUACUGCAAUUCAAGGCAUUCAAAAUGCCCAUACCUACAGUAAAUUGACUAUAGGUAUGUUAAGUGGAUUGGUUUUAGCUGUGUUGCUGUUGUAGGCAGGGGUAUCCAAAACAAGCACUUCAGUUAAGAUUCACCACUUGUCAGUAUGAUUUUAUUUUAUUUAGUUUGUUUUCUAUUUGAAGUCCCUCAUAGUGUAUACAUACUGCUUUAUACUGUAAUUGUGUGUAUCCUUAACCUUUUUAUGGCAUCAGUUUGCCUCCACUUUUAGCACUUUACAAUUUUACUCAUAGCCAAUCCUCAUCCUGCUUGGAAGGGCUUGAGCCAAUCCAUAAACACAUUGGAGGCAGGUGACUGAGAAUUUUUGUUUGCCACUGGCAACAUGGUAGCCAGCACUUACAUACCCUAGCACAUUAGGAUAACUAGUUGCAUUGAGGGAACCUGGACAGAGUUAAGUUAACUGUUUGACAGUACAGUAGGGCUGUGGGACAUUUUUUACAUUUACAUUUUAGUCAUUUAACAGAUGCUCUUAUCCAGAGAAAAUUAUGACUUGAGCGCAUACAUUUUCAUACUGGUCCCCGUGGGAAUUGAACCCACAACCCUGGCAUUUGCAAGUGCCAUGCUCUACCAAAUGAGUCAAACUGUACAAUGUCCUUUCAAGUCUAUUAUUGUUGUUACAGUAAAGGUCUCAAGUUUCCUACUUACUUCAGGUACCAUCAUCUGGUCACACUAUCAACCAGUUGAACUCGUAAAAAAAAGAUAUAUUGGUAGAGUUUACAUUGGGUUAUCAUAGUUUGUGAAGCACAUGGUGUAAUAUUUGCCAAACUAUUUCAGAAAUGUAUGAAAGAUGUGCCGCUCAAGGCAAUUGUAACUGAAAAAAAACAACAACAAAAAAAAGACCAUUGGCCAUAGGCCAGUUUUCUGUGCUGAAAUUUUCACACCCUUUUCCUUUUGUCAUUGGUCAAUAUUCUGCUCUUCACAGGGACAUGACCAAUGACAGUACAAGUGCCAAGCAAGCAUGACACAACUCGUACUGUAGUUUCCAUUUUGCCCCAGGCUAAUUUCCAUCAAUGACUAAUGUUGAUCAUGUCACCCUCCCUGUGUACCCUUUCUGCCCCAUAGGUUUUCUGUUUUAGAACAAUAAUUCACUGAUAACUGCAGCUUUCUUAAUGUUUGAAUGGUUGGACAUUUAGAUGAAUUGAAUUUGUAAAGAAACCAAAGCACUUUGUAUAGUAAUUUUUACAAGUCUGUGCUUAAAGUACAGUCGAGUGUGAUGUAACUCUGUUGACUAAUCCACAUUAGUGUUCCGUAUUCUGGUAUUAUGUGGCUUGAUUAUUACAAUUGAUGCAUAGCACAGGCUGGACCACUGAAGCUAAAUUGGGGGACUUGUGCUAUGGAAUUAUAACGUUUUUGUAUCUAUAAUAUGUUUUGAUAAAGAUGCAUGAAAGAUGCAAGAUUCAUAAGGAAAUUAGUCAAGUAUCUAAAAUAAGCUCAUCUGUGAACAGAAACUUUUGAACCUACACGUGGAGUAAAUGUAUGUUGUGUUUUUACGAAAGAUCCAGAAAUGUGACUUUCUGGAGCCUUAUAUUUGCGUACGUUUUCUUUCCUCAUAGAUUGUAUACUCGAUAUGGUGGGGAGACACCAGUGCCAUGCACACAGUAGUUAAGGAGCACAAACAGUUCAGAACUCAAGCAAGCCUUUCUGUCUUUCUCAGCUGUCAUGAAAAAUGUCUUCACCAGCCAUUGUUAUGACAGUAUUUUCACGAGGAUUCAGUUAUGCUCUGUCUACCAUUGAUUGUUUUGUAUAUUUUCCUCACAAUGCUUUGUGUACAGUUUAUUUAUUAUUUCUAUAUCUGUCCGAAAAUGAAGAACUAUAGACUUUGUCGGAGGCUAAGUAUUUAUUUGUAGCUACAUUCCGAGCUUUGGGAGAAAAAAAAUCGGAUAGAUUUAAACUACAGUGCUCAACUAUGGAGGCAGGUGGGAGGACCUACAGAAGGACGGGCUCAUUGUAAUGGCUGGAAUGGAAUUAAUGGAACGGAGUAAAACAUGUGGUUUCCAUAUGUUUUGAUGUGUUUAAUACCGUUCCAUUUAUUCCAUUCCAGCCAUUACAAUGAGACGUCCUCCCAUAGAUCUUGCCACCAGCCUCCUCUGGCACUCAACCAAAUGUUUUAGUUUCCUUAUGUCUGCCAUAAAAGAAAGCAAAAAUAAACCAACUUUCCGGUUUCCUUUCAGUCGGUCAUUCGGUAUAACAUACUAUGUAGGGUCAACGACCAAUCCUAUUCACCUGAAGCAAAUUGAAAUCACUCCCAACGGGCCAAUGGAUGCCGAGCCUGCCCUCGGAUGCCCCGCCUUCCUGACAAUAAUACUGGGGCUCGCAUACAUUUGUUAACUACUUUCUGCUCUGCUUGCGUAGCUAAUACUUCCUUGUUUAGGUAGGAUUUGUGUUUGCUUAACACCCACUACUUUCUGCUCUGCUUGUGUAGCUAGUGCUCUGUUGCUUGAGUAAGAUGGCCAAUGGUAGGAGGAAGUUCAAAAAGGCUAACCAGCCGAGUUUGAACCUCCGACCAUGACCUAGGGCAUGUGGUUUCACAAUAAAAUAUUAAGAAAAGAGUGCUAUCCUGCUUGCUUGGGGUGGAAACACACUUGGCUCAGGCCAGUUUGCGUGACCAAUGUCUCUGGCUGGGGUUCAACCUCUAUUGGGUGUAGGUCUUACUUUGUGAGGAAGAUUGAGGCUGCUGGCGAAGGUUCUUCCAGUGAAAAUGAGAGUUUGGGAAUGGGGUUGUUUGAGGCCGGCGUAGAGUUGAUAGGGGUGUAAUCCCAGCCAAGUAAAGCUCAUUCUGGUUUCUCUGGCAGUGUUCAGAGUCUGGAUUCCAGGGAUGAUAUACUAUCCCUGAUUGGCUCUGGAGGGUUUUCAGAGUGUCAAUGGGUUGACAUCAGUCCGGGGAAGCCUGAAGCCCCGGCUUUGGAUUUGGCGGGGGAGAGUGAACCAAUGGUGGUUAAUGCGCCUUUGUUGGAGCUGUGUCGUAGGGCGGCAGAUCACCUAGGGUUGGAUUGUCCUUCUGCCCUGCAGAGGAGUUCCUCCAGGUUACCUCCCGUCCCUGCAGCAGUGAUGAGUGAUGAGCUAAAGACAACCUGCGAUUCCCCUCAUUCAGCCAGGCUGGUGCUACCAGGUUAUAGUGAGUUCAUUAAUAGUGGGUAUGGAGGAGACAGGGCUCGUUUGCACACCACCAAUGGAUAGAAAGCUGGUGAGUUACUUAACUUGAGAGACUAACAAGGGGGCAAAUCUGUCACGCCCUGACCUUAGAGAGCCCGUUUAUGUCUCUAUUUGUUUGGUCAGGGUGUAAUUUGGGUGGGCACUCUGUUCUUUAUUUCUUUGUUUCUGGCCGAGUGUGGUUCCCAAUCAGAGGAAGCGGUCUAUCGUUGUCUCUGAUUGGGGAUCAUACUUAGGCAACCCUUUUUCCCACCUGUGAUUGUGGGUAGUUGUCUAUGUGUAGUGGCCUGCAAGCACUACGUAACUUUACGUUUGUUUGUUAUUUCUGGUUUUGUUGGCGACAUUAUAAAUAAACUAAGAUGUACGCUCACCACGCUGCGCCUUGGUCCACUUCUUCCGACGAGCGUGACAAAAUCCUAGCAUGGUGAUUCCAAAUAAACAGUACUGAUCCUCAGCGGAUCAGCUGGACAAAGUUAUGUCUGUCCCACUGUACUAUCCUGGCUGUGGGGGAAAGUAUGGGGGGCGAUGGUGGUGGCUCAGUGCCACCUCUGGUUGACGUUGUCCUGGAUUCCUGAGAGGGACAGGCGGAUGUAUUUGGAGGAGACAGUUUAGUCAAAAAGGUUGUUUUGCUCGGCUAUGGAGUCCUUACGGGCCAGUUUCGGGAGAAACAAAAGCAGGGCGUAGCUCUAUGGGUCCUUUUCCAACUAAAAUCGUUUGCGGUUCUGCAGUUCCGAGGCGUGAAGGAAAGGGUGUAGGCCUAAGGCGGGUUGCCGCCUUGGUGCUUCUGGGCAGCGGCGGACGUCUUGGCACAGACGGCGUGCUGUUUUGAAGGAACGCAGGGUGCAAGCAGAUUCUUCUGUGACGCUGGGGAAGAAGCAGACCUCUCAACCCUAGCUGUAGGCCAGGAGAGGUGGCGUGCUCUCUGGGCCCUCCUUCUGUUCACAAAGUGGCUCAGUGACUCGUGUUUGCAUCUCAAUGUGAAAAAACUGUUUGCAUGUUCUUCACAAAGAGGGCAACAGAUGCUACUGAGCCAGAUGUCUAUGUGUCAGGGGAGAAGCUCCAAGUGGUAUCCGAUUUUAAGUACCUUGGCAUCAUACUUGAUUCCAACCUCUCUUUUAAAAAGCAUGUGAAAAAGGUAAUUCAAAUAACUAAAUUCAAUCUAGCUAAUUUCCGAUUUAUACAAAAUUGUUUGAAUACAGAGGUAGCAAAACUGUACUUCAAAUCUAUGAUACUCCCCACUUAACAUACUGCUUGACUAGUUGGGCCCAAGCUUGCUGUACAACAUUAAAACCUAUUCAGUCUGUCUACAAACAGGCUCUCAAAGUGCUUGAUAGGAAGCCCAAUAGCCAUCAUCAUUGUCACAUCCUUAGAAAACAUGAGCUCUUGAGUUGGGAAAAUCUUGUGCAAUACACCGACGCAUGUCUUGUAUUCAAGAUCCUUAAUGGCCUGGCUCCCCCUCCACUCAAUAUUUUUGUUAAACAGAAAACCCAGACAUAUGGCAGCAGAUCCACAAGGUCUGCCAUGAGAGGUGACUGUAUAGUUCCCCUAAGGAAAAGCACCUUUAGUAAAUCUGCAUUCUCUGUGAGAGCUUCCCAUGUCUGGAAUACACUGCCAUCAGACACACAUAACUGCACCACAUAUCACACUUUCACAAAAUGCUUGAAGACAUGGCUAAAGGUCAAUCAGAUUUGUGAACAUGGUCCUUAGCUGUGUGUUGCCGCUUUCCAUGUUGUCUGUAGCUUGUGAGGUGUGGAAACACUUUGUUGCUUUUAUGAAUUUUGUCUUGCUGCUUUUUGUUCUAUGUUGCUCUGUCUGUAUGCUAUGUCUUGCUUGUCCUAUGUUGCUAUGUCUAUGGUGCUAUUGUCUAUAUUGUAAUUGUUUUUAAUAACCUGCCCAGGGACUGCGGUUGAAAAUUAGCCGGCUGGCUAAAACCGGCACUUUUACUGAAACGUUGAUUAAUGUGCACUGUCCCUGUAAAAAUAAAAUAAACUAAACUAAACUAAAUCUCUAAGGAGUGGAGACUGCACCCCUCAGUGGUUGCCCAGAUAUGGGACCGGUUUGGCAGGGCCGACGUAAAGCUUUACACAUUGCGAGAAAAUGUGCAUUGUCGACUUCUUCUCAAUGAGAGAUCUGGGCACUUUGUUGUGAGCGGAUGCUUGGCAUAUCAGUGACCUCGGACCCUGCUCUAUGCAUUCCUCCAGUGGACCUGAUUCAGGCCACUGUGGAGAGGGUCCGUCAGGAAGGUCUGUUGUUGAUUCUGGUGGCUCCCCGUUGGCCCAGACAACCCUGAUUCCCGGAGAUCCUCUGCCUGUUUGGCGGGUUUCUGAUGUUCUUGCAAGAGCUUUUUGAGCAGGGCCUUUUUUUCCCAUAUUUAAGUUUAUGUAGGGACCCGUGGAGGGGUUCCGUGUCAUCAGGAUCUAUUGUCUAUUGACACCGAAGGCCGUAGAUAUGGCUCUGCAGAUUUGGCCCCUGAAAGGUUGAAUUUGAUGACAAGGGGUUUAUCCUCAAACGUGAUUAUGACUAUACAGUUGGGCGUGUGCACGCUCUAUGAGAGGGUUGUAUAUAAGUGGCACGCGUUUGAGGUUUGGUGUCAGGUUAAAGGAGUUUCUGAUGUUCUUGCAAGAGCUUUUUGAGCAGAGCCUUUCUUUUUCCAUAUUCAAGUGUAUAUGCCAGCCAUCUCGGUGUGUCAUGUAGGGAUCGAUGGCUCUACCCAGGGGUCCUAUUUAAAAAAAUAUAUAUAUUUCACCUUUAUUUAACCAGGUAGGCAAGUUGAGAACAAGUUCUCAUUUACAAUUGCGACCUGGCCAAGAUAAAGCAAAGCAGUUCGACAGAUACAACGACACAGAGUUACACAUGGAAUAAAACAAACAUACAGUCAAUAAUACAGUAUAAACAAGUCUAUAUACAAUGUGAGCAAAUUAGGUGAGAAGGGAGGUAAAGGCAAAAAGCCAUGGUGGCAAAGUAAAUACAGUAUAGCAAGUAAAACACUGGAAUGGUAGUUUUGCAAUGGAAGAAUGUGCAAAGUAGAAAUAAAAAUAAUGGGGCGCAAAGGAGCAAAAUAAAUAAAUUAAUUAAAUACAGUUGGGGAAGAGGUAGUUGUUUGGGCUAAAUUAUAGGUGGGCUAUGUACAGGUGCAGUAAUCUGUAAGAUGCUCUGACAGUUGGUGCUUAAAGCUAGUGAGGGAGAUAAGUGUUUCCAGUUUCAGAGAUUUUUGUAGUUCGUUCCAGUCAUUGGCAGCAGAGAACUGGAAGGAGAGGCGGCCAAAGAAAGAAUUGGUUUUUGGGGGUGACUGGAGCGUGUGCUACAGGUGGGAGAUGCUAUGGUGACCAGCGAGCUGAGAUAAGGGGUGACGUUACCUAGCAGGGUCUUGUAGAUGACAUGGAGCCAGUGGGUUUGGCGACGAGUAUGAAGCGAGGGCCAGCCAACGAGAGCGUACAGGUCGCAAUGGUGGGUAGUAUAUGGGGCUUUGGUGACAAAACGGAUUGCACUGUGAUAGACUGCAUCAAUUUGUUGAGUAGGGUAUUGGAGGCUAUUUUGUAAAUGACAUCGCCAAAGUCGAGGAUUGGUAGGAUGGUCAGUUUUACAAGGGUAUGUUUGGCAGCAUGAGUGAAGGAUGCUUUGUUGCGAAAUAGGAAGCCAAUUCUAGAUUUAACUUUGGAUUGGAGAUGUUUGAUAUGGGUCUGGAAGGAGAGUUUACAGUCUAACCAGACACCUAAGUAUUUGUAGUUGUCCACGUAUUCUAAGUCAGAGCCGUCCAGAGUAGUGAUGUUGGACAGGCGGGUAGGUGCAGGUAGCGAUCGGUUGAAGAGCAUGCAUUUAGUUUUACUUGUAUUUAAGAGCAAUUGGAGGCCACGGAAGGAGAGUUGUAUGGCAUUGAAGCUUGCCUGGAGGGUUGUUAACACAGUGUCCAAAGAAGGGCCGGAAGUAUACAGAAUGGUGUCGUCUGCGUAGAGGUGGAUCAGGGACUCACCAGCAGCAAGACUGACCUCAUUGAUGUAUACAGAGAAGAGAGUCGGUCCAAGAAUUGAACCCUGUGGCACCCCCAUAGAGACUGCCAGAGGUCCGGACAGCAGACCCUCCGAUUUGACACACUGAACUCUAUCAGAGAAGUAGUUGGUGAACCAGGCGAGGCAAUCAUUUGAGAAACCAAGGCUGUCGAGUCUGCCGAUGAGGAUGUGGUGAUUGACAGAGUCGAAAGCCUUGGCCAAAUCAAUGAAUACGGCUGCACAGUAAUGUUUCUUAUCGAUGGCUGUUAAGAUAUCGUUUAGGACCUUGAGCGUGGCUGAGGUGCACCCAUGACCAGCUCUGAAACCAGAUUGCAUAGCAGAGAAGGUAUGGUGAGAUUCAAAAUGGUCGGUAAUCUGUUUGUUGACUUGGCUUUCGAAGACCUUAGAAAGGCAUGGUAGGAUAGACAUAGGUCUGUAGCAGUUUGGGUCAGUUUGGGCCAGUUUGGGUCCUAUCUGGUGGCACUGGUGGUGUGGUUCCACAUUGAGUGAGCCUCCUUUGGAACAUUUGGUGUCUGUAGACAAGACUGCCCUGCUAAUGGCCUUGGCGUCAGCCAAGCAUGUUGGGGAUAUCCACAUGCUAUUAGUACACCCCUGCGACUCCAAAGUGUCACAGCAGGUGCCCUGCUGUUUUGGACUUGCAGUUCCUUGUGUGAGUUCUGGCAUUCCAGACUCCUUGGGUCUCUGAGUGAGACUUUUUUGAACCGCGAGGGCAUAGCUGUGGGGAGUAGUGGUGCUAAGGUUGCUGCAGCACCCCCUGAAAAAUUGAAAUAGUAAGAUGUAUUUUGUUUAUCUUCACAAAAGUAGUGCACUGGGCCUUUACUAGUCCUGUAUUAGCUGACUGAUAUAGCAAUCUGUAGGGUCGGCCUAAAAAAUAGAAUUAUGCAGCCCCCUCCCCCGUCGGUAACAGAAUUAUGCAGCCCCCUCCCCCGUCGGUAACAGAAUAGCAGCACCCCCAAACAUGUUUCCCGCAGGUAUGCGCAAGUGUCUAUGGACUUGGGCCAAUGUUAGGCAGCGUUUUGUCUGGGUUACCACCGUUUCCCUGUGGGUUUGAGCCUUGGGCUGCCGUGGCAAUGCGCAGGCUGCCUUGGUUCAUUGUGCGCGUGCGCUUUACCAAGUCACGACAGGUGUUCUGUUGUUUUGGACUUGCGUUUCCUUGUACAAGUUCUGACAUGUCAGGCUCGCAAGUUAAUUAAGUAUUGUUCUUGUGCUGCAGUGGCAGCGUGUCAGUGUGCAUUGCCAAGUUGCAGCAGGUUCUAGGUCCCUAAAUGGGGUUCUGACAGUUCAGAAUUCUUGGGUAAGUAUCAGAGAAAAAGGUGACUUCUGUAAACCCAUUUUGCAGCCGGUGGAAGCUGUGUGUAUGCUUGGGCUGUCGUGUGGUACCCUCUGAGCCGGCUUGGAGCAUGAUUGAAAGUACCCAUAGUGUGUUAUACCGAGUGACCGACUGAAAGGGAAUGUACAGUUAUGAAUAUAACUACUGUUCCCUGAAGGAGUGAACAAGGUAUAACCUAUUUUGACCCCACACCAUCAGGAGGAUUGGGCUCGCUGAAGAGCAGUACUGAAUUUAGGAAGUGUAUGCGAGCCCUCAUAUUAUAGCCAGGGAGGUGGGGCUUCUGAGGGUGGGCUCUGCAUUAAUUGGCCCGUUGGGUUUGAUUUCAGUUUGCUUCAGGUGAAUAGGAUUGGUUGAAACCCUAUAAUAUGUUAUACCUUGUUCCCUCCUUCAGGGAACAGUAGUUCUAUUCAUAACUGUAUGUUUUCUAGAUAGCAUCAGUAGAGUAGGAGAUUCCUCCUUGUUUCAGGCACAUUGUUCCUAUGUUUUUCUCCGGACCAGAACUAUUCAGUCUGCAGUCUCGACAAUCUAAACACAACUGUUUACUAUGGGUUUCAACGCUCUUACUGUACCUGUAUGCCUGUCCACCUUGCCAAUAAAGAAGUCUACAUGCUUUUGA